CUUUCAGAGCAACAGGUCCUGAGAGCCACGACUACGGGACCCACCAGCAUCAGAUUAAACUGGAACCUUAUUCAGGCCGCCAGAGGCUACCGACUGGAAUGGAAAGCCGGAGAGAGAGGCAGAGUUCAGAAGCAAGAGUUCCCAAAAAGCACCACCAACUAUGAGCUCAAAAGUUUGCAGCCGAACACAGAGUACAUCAUUACUCUAUACACACUCUACGAGGGGCGAGAAGAAGCUACUUUCUUUUCAACCAAACCAACAGUAGAGCAGCAAGUUGGUCCUGUCACGAACCUGAGGGUGGUGGAUUCACUCGGAAACAUAAUUCGAUUAGGAUGGACAGGAGUCUCUGGGGCAACACAAUACAACAUCAUCAUUCUUAAUACAGAAUCAAAUGCAGAGGUGAACAGAAGAGUUCCUGGGAAUCAGACCACUUUUGACCUACGGGAUCUUGAAGAUGGUGUACGGUAUGCUGUCAGUGUAAAUGCACUAAUUGGAUCCAAAGAAGGGGAACAAGCAACAGUGUACAUUGUAACAGAAACGCCACUGAGGGUGACCAACUUGCGGAUAGUUGGGAGCAACAGUCGACGAAUCAGGAUUGCAUGGACUGGUGUUUCUGGGGCAACAGGCUACCGGGUUACCUGGAGACAAAGCAAAACUGCAGAGCAAUCUCGUGUCCUAGGUGGUGAUAUCACUACCUACACUAUAGACGGGUUGCAGCCAGAUGAUUCUGUUGUUGUGGGUGUUGCCCCAGUGAUUAAUGGGGGGACUGGAGAAGUGGUCUCUGUGUCUACAAGAACCAGUGGUUCUAAUGGAAUUGUUACAGGGCUAAGCGUCAUUGAAGUAACAUCUGCAAGGAUAGUAAUAUCCUGGACUCCAGUAACUCGAGCAACAGGCUAUAAAAUAAUCUGGCGGCGAAGUGAUGGAGUGGAAGACUCUGAGAUUGUACCUGCUGAUGUGGUUUUCUAUGGCAUUGAAAGACUCCAGGAAGGGGCAGCCUACCAAAUAUUAGUCUCAGCCCUUUUUAACUCAAGGGAAGGACCUUCUGCCACUGUGACGGCAAGCACUGAUCAGGCCACAGUGGGUCCCGUCACCAAUUUACAGGUGGUGGAGGCCCAAGGGGAGGUUGUUCGAGUCAGCUGGGUUGGAGUUCAAAAUGCGACUUCAUACAGAGUACUCUGGAAGAGGACUGAUGGUGGAGAGGAGCAGAGUCAGCUGGUUGGUGGUAACGUGACCUCAGUGGAUCUGAGGCAGUUGGAUGAAGGGGCACAGUAUGAAGUGAAGGUUCUGGCUGUAGUUCGGAACAGAGAAGGCCCACCUGUCUCCGUCAGAGUCACUACGGGGGGCCAGAGAGGGACAAGAGUAGAGGGUUUGCGUGUUUUGGACUCGACCCCGGGGGGGCUCCGUAUAACCUGGAGAGCAGUGAGUGGAGCCAGCUCAUAUCGAAUCUACUGGAGAUCCUCACAAGGUGAACCUGAAUCAAGUCGUCUGAUUAGUGGCGAUGCAACUUCAUACAGCCUUGAUGGACUUCGACCCGGUCUGAGCUACACUGUAAGAUUGUCUGCUAUAGUGGAAGGUCAAGAAACUGAAGCUACCACCAUCAGAGCAACCACUGAUGUCCUGCCACCUGUGACUGGUUUGAGUGUGACUGACAGCACUGAGAAUUCAGUCCUUUUGGGCUGGUCAUCAGUAACAGGAGCCACAGGAUAUAUUUUACGCUGGACAGAGAAAGAAGACACAGGAACAGGUCAGUCUGAAACACUGCCCGGAACAGCCACUUCUUACCGUGUGACAGGUCUACGACUGGGCCGUCAGUACAGUUUCACCCUGCAGCCCACCUUCCAAAACCAGGUUGGACCUGAGACCAGCGUGACGGAACGCACAGUGUGUGUGGGAGGGCGUUUGGAUGUUGUCUUCCUUGUCCCCGCAUCUCGUGAUCGUUCUUGCCUGGUGGGACCUGUGUUGUCUCUGCUUGCCAGCUCUGCUGGAUCCUUAACCUCCAUCGGACCCAGAGACUCCCAGAUGGGGGUGGUGAUGUACAGUGAAGAUCCAAAAGUUCGCUUCCUCCUCAAUCGUCAUAGCAACAGUGAGACCCUUCUGCAGGAUAUUUUGACCACCCCAUUCAAUGACAGACCAGGAAAUAAUAUAGGCCAAGCAAUGACAUACGCACGUCAGUUUUUGCUGAGCGCACCAGCAGGUCGGAGGUAUAGUGUUCCCGGGGUGGUUGUUAUUAUCGCAGAUGAGAAGUCAACUGAUGAUCUUAGCCAGCCCGCUGCUGCUGUUAGAGUUGAUGGUGUGACAGUGUUGGCGGUAGGAAUUGGACGUGCAGACACUAGAGAGCUGCGGUCGGCAGUGACUGAUGGCAGCACUCAGAAUCUGCUCUAUGCUCAAGACUCAGAUCAGCUCUAUGGUCUCCACCCCGACCUGGCAGACCUCCUCUGUGGUCUUGCACGUGGGACUAGUGUCACGCCAGGGCCUUGUACCGUACAGUGUCCUCAAGGUGCUAAAGGGGAACUGGGUCAGAAGGGUGAGAGGGGCAGAGAUGGAGUAGAUGGAAGAAAAGGCGAGCCUGGUCGUGAUGGUUUACCCGGUCGUGAGGGCCCUAGAGGAACAGAGGGGCCACCAGGUCAACCAGGCAGCAGUCUGGGAGUGAGAGGAGAGAAAGGCGAGAGAGGUUUCCCAGGACUGGAUGGCAGUCCAGGUGUUCCAGGUCGUCCUGGUGCAAUUGGAUUACCUGGCAUUCAGGGAUUACCAGGAGAGAAAGGUGAAAGGGGAGAACCUGGAUCUGCUGAUGGAGGAGGUUUACCGGGCCGUAAAGGAGAGCCAGGAAUCCCAGGGAUCCCUGGUACUCCUGGUCGUCCAGGUGUGGAUGGGGCGAAGGGAGAGCCAGGUGCACGAGGUCUGUCCGGGCUGGAUGGACUCCCUGGGUUGCCAGGCACUGAUGGACUUUCUAUUAAGGGUGAAAAAGGCAGCCCUGGUGAGAGGGGUCCUCCUGGAGUGGGUAGUGGGGUAGCUGCUAAAGGAGAUGCCGGUGAACCUGGAAGUCAUGGACCGCCUGGUCCUCAGGGCCCACGAGGACUGAAUGGACAAAAAGGAGCCAAAGGAGAAUCUGGUGAGAGUAUUGAGGGUAAACCAGGCCCCCAAGGAAACACCGGAGACCCUGGUGAUCGGGGUCCCCGAGGACCUCCUGGUGAAAUUGGAAGUAAGGGUGAUCGAGGACAGACUGGGCCACCUGGUUCAGACGGAGCCAAGGGAGACAGAGGCCUUCCAGGUCCAGCAGGAGACAAGGGAGAUAAAGGUUCUGCUGGCCCCCCUGGACCUCAAGGAUUGAGGGGAUUGUCAGGGAGCAGCGGCCUUCCUGGAGAAAAGGGUGCUGAGGGUGAAAAGGGGCAACCAGGAAGCUGUGACUGUCAGAGUUCAUUUGGGAAGAAAGGAGAGCGGGGUGAAAGGGGCCUUCCAGGUCUUACUGGCAGUAAAGGAGAUGCAGGACAAAAAGGGGAAAGGGGUGUCCCUGGAGCAGGAGAGCCUGGCCAACCUGGACCUAAAGGGGACCAGGGUGAUCGGGGUUUCACUGGAUUGUCUGGAAAACACGGUGUGAAGGGCAAUCAAGGUGACCCGGGGGAGAGAGGGGAGCUAGGAAGUCCUGGUCCACAGGGGCCCAUGGGCCCCAGAGGGAAGGAUGGACUACGAGGAGACAAAGGAGAGGAUGGCAUUCCAGGAGAAUCAGGCUUGGCGGGUAAACCAGGGGAGAGAGGUCUAAGAGGACUGCCAGGUCAACCAGGACAGCCUGGGCCAAAGGGAGACACGGGUGAUCCAGGGGAAGAUGGAAGAAAUGGUACCCCAGGUCCCACCGGACCAAGAGGCCCAAAGGGAGAACAGGGAAUACAAGGUCCCCCCGGGCCACCUGCUGAUGUGACAUCUGGAGAGAAACAACUAAAAGGUGACAGAGGAGAAAAGGGAGAGGCGGGUGACCCAGGGGAGCAUGGGGGUAAGGGUCAGAAGGGUGAACCAGGAGCUUCAGGCCCACAAGGACCAAGCGGUCCUGAGGGGCCGCGUGGGCUAUCAGGAGCCAGAGGUGACCAAGGCGAUAGGGGCAGUCCAGGAGACAAGGGAGAAAGAGGAGCGGCUGGUUUGGAUGGACGACCCGGUCAGGAUGGGAAACCUGGGCCUCCUGGAACUCCUGGAUUACGGGGUGACCCCGGAAAGCAAGGGGAUCCUGGAAGAGAUGGCUUGGCGGGACUAAGAGGGCCUCAGGGGCCUCUAGGACCACCUGGGCCCCCGGGAGAUAAUGGCACACCUGGUAAAGCAGGGCUGGAUGGGAAACCAGGACUGCCUGGAAAACCUGGCGAGGAUGGUGUGCCAGGAGAGGAUGGUCGAAAGGGAGAUAAAGGAGAGUCGGGGCCUGCUGGAAGAGAUGGUCGAGAUGGGUUGAAAGGUGAUCAGGGGAUUGCAGGACCUAUUGGUCCUCAAGGUCCCAUUGGACCCCCUGGAGUUCCUGGAAAUGUUGGACCACCAGGACCUGUGGUGUAUGUUAAAGGGGAGCUAGCAACACCUAUUCCAGGCCCCCAGGGCCCUCCAGGAGCCCCUGGAGUACCUGGAAUUCCAGGAAAUGCUGGACAAAGAGGGGAGAGAGGUCUGCCAGGCUUGAAAGGAGAUGUGGGUGUUCCAGGAGAGGAUGGCAGACCAGGAAAUGUAGCGGAUGUGAAGAAAGCUUUUUCAGAAUUUGGCAUUGAGGUCAUAGAACUGAAACUAUUAAUUGAUAUCAGAAUGCUUCUGUCAUCAAAGUUGAAUGAACUGAUGAAGGGAAAUAGGGGUGAAAAAGGAGAUGUUGGACCUAGAGGCCCUGCAGGAGCAGAUGGUGCAAGGGGUUUUCCAGGUGAACGAGGUGUGAAAGGAGAGCAGGGUGAGAAAGGGCCUGCUGGCCCACAGGGUCCUCCAGGCAGGGCAAUUGGAGAACGAGGCCCAGAAGGUCCACCAGGACAGGCAGGUGAACCUGGAAAACCAGGAAUACCAGGAGUACCAGGACGAGCUGGUGAACUUGGAGAGGCUGGCAGACCUGGGGACAAGGGGGGAAAAGGGGAGAAAGGUGACGGAGGGCCAGCUGGUCCAGCUGGAUUGCCUGGCCUAGGGGGGGCUCCAGGACCAAAGGGAGAUUCUGCCUCUGCUCAGAGUGGUUUGCCUGGUCCGAGCGGUCUUCCAGGUCCCCAUGGUAUCAGAGGAGAGGCUGGUCCAGUAGGACCUCCUGGACCUACAGGAGAGAGGGGCUACACAGGUCCUCGUGGGGAGAAGGGAGACAAAGGAGCCAGUGGAGAAAGUGGAAAAGAUGGCUCCCCAGGAAGUCCAGGAGAGCCAGGAAAACCAGGGCCGGAUGGGAAGCCGGGCUUGCCUGGGUUCCCAGGAGUGCUGGGCAGACCGGGGAAUCCAGGAGAACCAGGAAUAAGAGGACCAACGGGACCUAUGGGCGGAAAUGGACCCCGAGGGGCUCCUGGUGUGAAGGGUGACCAAGGAGAACCAGGCAUUGGAGUUCAAGGCCCUCCUGGACCUCAGGGCAACAGAGGGUUACCUGGACCUUCAGGCACUCCAGGAGCAAUAGGACCUCCAGGGCCUCCAGGGCUUCCAGGACAAGUGGGAGAGGGGGGCAAGCCUGGGUUCCCAGGGAGAGACGGUGUUCCAGGAAAAGAUGGCCUGCCAGGGUUAUCUGGGAAACAGGGUAUCGCCGGACCCAUUGGCCCCCCAGGAUUAAAAGGAGAGCAGGGAGACAUCGGUCCACCAGGAAAGUCUGUCACUGGACCCCCUGGAAAGAAGGGUGAGAUGGGUCCUCCUGGUCUGACAUUGCCAGGUACCGCUGGAGAAAGAGGCCUUCCUGGAUCACCGGGUCCAAAAGGAGACAAAGGGCCAGCGGGAAUCAAAGGAGAAAGAGGUGCUGCGGGUGAUCCUGGAGAUCCUGGUGAGAAUGGAUCGAGAGGACCACCAGGGCUCAAAGGAGUCAAAGGAGAAGCAGGUGUGGGAAUGCCUGGGCCUCCAGGACAACCUGGACCCACUGGCUUAAAGGGUGACCCUGGCUUACCAGGUCCCCCGGGCCCUCCUGGACCACGUGGAUUUGAUGGCACGCCAGGACUGGCAGGACAGAGAGGUGAAGCAGGUCAGCCAGGACCCCCUGGACCACCAGGAGACAGGGGUCUACAAGGAUUUAUUGGCAAAGAUGGAAACCCAGGAACACCAGGAGGUGUUGGGCCCCCAGGACCCCCUGGUAUUGCGGGCCUUGCAGGACUGAAGGGCAAUAAGGGUGAAAUUGGAGUAGGAGUGCCAGGUUUAAGAGGAGAGCGAGGAGACCCAGGGCCUCGGGGAGAAGAAGGUCGGGCUGGAACAGAUGGAGAGAGAGGCCCUUCUGGUCUUCCUGGCAGCAAAGGAAACAGAGGAGAUAAGGGUGAACAAGGUCCUUCAGGAAUUAAAGGAGAAAAGGGAGAUACUCAGCUGGUGGGGGGACCUCCAGGAGAGAAAGGCGUGAAAGGAGAAACCGGGGAGCGAGGACCUAAAGGUGCACAGGGUGAAAAGGGUGCAAAGGGACAGGAAGGACCACCAGGAGAACAGGGUCUGAGAGGAGAGCCGGGAGAGAGAGGUUCCACUGGCUUCCAGGGAGCUCGUGGUCCUGGUGGUCAGAAGGGAGAAGCAGGGCAGCCUGGUGUCCCAGGAGAAGCAGGAACACCUGGUAAAGAUGGUCUGUCUGGAAUGAGAGGAGAAAAGGGAGAGUUUGGGCCUGUAGGGUCGCGAGGCCUUAAGGGAGAACGAGGCGCCAAGGGAGCAUGUGGACCAAGCGGAGCGAAAGGAGACAAGGGGGAUGCUGGGAUUAAUGGCAGACCGGGAUUGCCAGGGAAGAAAGGAGAGCAGGGUGAAGUCGGGUCUCCAGGUCCCACAGGAAGUCCAGGGAAGGAGGGACUCAUUGGAGCCAAGGGUGACAGAGGCUAUGAUGGAGUUACGGGGUCUAAGGGAUCACAAGGAGAGAAAGGUGAACGGGGCCAACCUGGUAUCCCUGGUCCCACUGGUCCAAGAGGAGUGGAUGGACCCCCUGGUUUGACAGGCCCUCAAGGACCUGCUGGAGGUAAAGGUCCAGAGGGCCUGCAAGGACAAAAGGGAGAAAGAGGUCCUCCAGGCCCUGCUAUGGUCGCCCCACGUGGCAUCCCUGGGAUCCCAGGAGAAACAGGAGAACAGGGUGAGAUUGGCCCUGAUGGACCUAAAGGAGACAGAGGAGAACCAGGCAUGACGGAGGAUGAGAUUCGGACUUAUGUUCGAAGUGAGAUGAACCUGCAUUGUGCUUGUGGAGGUAAGUUGUGACUUUUAUAAAGCCUCAAUAUAGCCAGUAGACAUUUUCCUAUCAUUGCAUCAGCAACUCAUGUGCACACAGUUCACUAACAGUAGGCAUGUGUGUGACUGUCUUAUGUGGUCUCUGUCUGUAUUAACAUUGUUGAGUAUGUUCUUGAGUAUUUCUGGUCUGUGUCCACAUGGCUGAAUUCCAGGUUUUGUGCAUGCUAAAUUGUUGAUGUAGUGCAUGAACUUUGAGUGCAUCUUUACAAGCAUGGAUGCCUGUGUGAGUGUUCACUGAUGGGUUUUACUAUCUUGCCUUUGUGUGAUUCGUUAUGGGCGUGUUCUCAGGUGUUCAGGAAGUUGAGAAAGCUGUAGCAGUGCAGGCUUACCGAAGCUUCUCCACGUCCCCUGAGCGCUCACUAGUCCGAGGGGACGAGGAGGGUCAGAAGCUGCGUGUUGUGAUGAACACAAAUGAUCCAGACUACGAGCACAUUUACUCUAUAGAGACCUAUGAUGACGAUGCUCCAAUGGUGGAGAUUGCUGACUAUGACACCACUGUCAAUAAAAGCCAGGGUCAAACUGUCUCUUUUGAUUCUUUAAAAGCUGAAAAGACAACAUUUGAGGUGAAAGGUGAAGACUCCUGCAUCUUGCCCAUGGAAGAGGGUAAUUGUUCCCGCUUUACUUUGCGUUGGUACUUUAACUCUGAGGUGGGCGUCUGUAGACCUUUUAUCUACAGCGGCUGUGGAGGAAACGCUAAUCGCUUUUUACAGAAGGAAGAUUGUGAGAAACUCUGUCUACAACAAUAAGAAGAAUUGUUUUUUAGCUUGAAGACAAGAGUUGACUGAAAAUGGAGGAUCUCUAACUCAUCAGCAAUAUAAAAAAAGCUAAAGCUCAGUGUUGAACACUGCCAUCAUGCACAAGAGAUCAAGGUAAAGACUGAGGUCAACACCUUUUCCUCAGCGAAACAAGCAAAUUUUAAAUAUUGAUCAGAUCUUUAAGGUUUUUCUUGUUUGUUUAUUUUGUGUCUGAUGAGCUGCCAAACAUCUGUUAAUAUUCCUUCCAAUCUGGAUUAAUCUACAUUUGU